AUGAAUGAUAAUGGCUACGUGAAUUGGUCCGAUGUAAAGGAGACCUGGUAUAAUCAAUAUACUAAUUAUGGAGAAGCUUCUCUCAAUGUUAUUCGCCAUUUGUUUGAACCAGAAAAGUUCUUUGCAGAAGAAAGCACUACAGUCAACAUGCCAAUUUUCACCGGUAAAGACCCAAUUACACAGGAAAGAGUGUUUUUGAUUCAUAGCCUGGUCUGCGCCCAACUGCAGCAAAUGUUAGCAUUAGUAACCAACCGUCGUGGUCUACCUGAUCCCGUCAUGCCGUCUUUCCAACGACAAAAUUACAUUGAAUUAUCCCCAUGCAAUAUUGACAACCCUCAGGCCUACAAAAAAAUGGAAAAAGAAGUAGCGAAGAUGAACAAGGGACGGGAUCGAUUGAGAGUGGCUAAAGAAGAGCUAAAAUUGGCACACGCGUUGAUAGAAGCAAAACAGUAUGUGUUUGUGAGUCUUGACAUUGAAGCCUACGAGGAGGACCAUUCGAUUUUACUGGAGAUUGGCUGGUCGAUCUACGACUCCAAAACCGAUCUUUAUAUGGACCAGCACUAUAUUAAUAGUUCCUACCGCCACUUGGUCAAUGGGAAAUACGUGGACAACCAAAAGUUGCGGUUUCAGUUUGGGACGUCUGUGUGGUGUACUCUGAAGCAAGCACUCGAAGAGCUACGCAAGGAUCUUGACUGGGCUGUUGAAAGAGACGGUGGAUUUGUGCUGGUGGGACACGGAUUGGACUCGGAUAUCAAAUAUCUUGCUACCCAAAAGUUCAAGUGGCCUGGACGUUGUAUUAAUGGUAGUGGCAGUGGCAGUGGAGGAAGAGGAGGAGAUGUUGAUAAUGUGAGAAUCAGUGCAGCAGUAGCUAUCCUUAAUACAGACACGAUGUAUGGUGCAUCAAUUGGUAACCCAACCAACCCACCUUCGUUGGGAACUACAUUGAGUAAAGUUGGAAUUGAUGCAUGGUGUCUCCACAAUGCAGGAAACGAUGCACACUAUACGCUUCUUUUAUUUAUGACCUUGAUUAACUCUACUCGAGCAACUCAUGGAAGUGGGUAGGAUACGUAUAAAAGUGAUCCAUGUAUAUAUAUGUAUAUAUAUUAGGGGAAAACACAUAUAUUUUUUAGCUUUACUUUCAAUUCAAGAUCUAAAUAAAUAAACAGUUCAUUUUCCACACAU